AUGGAAGGAGAUUUCUGCUUUGACGACUACAUAAGGACCUGGUCACCUUCGCCGCCUCCCCAGGAUUCCCAGGUUGGACUACACAACUCAUCCGCCAACCCGGACGAAGACCAUCCUACCAGCCAGGCCACCGAUCCCCAGGUUGGACUACACAACUCAUCCGCCAACCCGGACGAAGAUCAUCCUACCAGCCAGGCUACCGAUCCCCAGCCUCCUAUCAGCCAGGCCGCCGAUCCCCAGGUUGGACUACACGGCGACUACGUCGACUCGGCCCAGGGCCUUCCUAUUACCCAGGCCACCGAUUCCCAGCCUCCUACCAGCCAGGCUGCCGAUCCCCAGGUUGGACUACACGGCGGCUACGUCGACUCGGCCCAGGGCCUUUAUAUUACCCAGGCCACCGAUCCCCAGCCUACUAUCAGCCAGGCUAACAAUCCCCAGCCUCCUAUCAGCCAGGCUACCAAUCCCCAGGUUGGGCCACACAACUCAUCCGCCAACUUGGCCCAGAAUCCUCCUAUCACCGCAGUCAUCGCCGGUCUACACCAAGCGUGGUUGGCGAGGUACCGCUCUCACGAAUCUGAAUUCAGAAGAGCACACAAUUCCAGAGAAAGUGUUCAGAACAUUAAACUAACAUUCCCACUUUUCAGGGCCUUCAUCUGUGCCUCACGCAGAACGGGCAGGGACAUUUCUAUUCGGAUGCAGUCAGCCAGAAAUGCCUCGAAAUGCCACUAUUUUAAUACCGGACGCUGGUUCAAAUUCAACGAGGACGACGUCAGAAACUGCAGGGACUUCAAUACCACUUUUGAGCUUCCUGGCUACUGGGAUGAAGAAAUUCAACCGCCUACAACCUGGAACUCCACUUGGCCACCACCGAAGUAUGCGACUGAUUGGGAUAUGAAGCCUGCGCUUCCUCCGCCCAUUCCAUAUGAAGGUUUUCAAAAAACGCAAGUCAAACCGGAGAAUGUUGUACUGGCUGUCCGCGGUGGAAACCCCCGUCCCACUGGGCCACCUCCGGGUUAUGAAUUCGGAUAA